UUCAGGUUUUAUGGAAUGGAUCGUCGCGGAGCAUUUCAGGGUGGUUUUGGUAGCAGCAGUACCGGUAGUUUAGAUAGUCACGCUUCAUUUGGCUAUGCUGAGAGAUGGUCCAGCUCAACAAGAAGUCAAGUUGGUGGACCACGGCGAAUAGGUAGUGGUUUACGUCGUAUAACGCUUGAUUGGGAUAAGCCAUGGGUUCCGGUAACAAAGCUUGGUCGUUUAGUAAAGGAUGGGCGAGUAGCUACCAUCGAGGAGAUCUACCAUAGAUCGAUACCCAUUCUAGAAUAUCAAAUUGUGGACCUACUGGUGCCAAAUUUAAAGGAGCAAGUGUUGAAGAUUCUUCCCGUACAAAAGGAAAUCCGAAAUGGGUUGCGUACUCGAUUUCGGGCGUUUGUUGCUAUUGGUGACAGGGAUGGGCACGUGGGUCUUGGAAUGCAGUGUGCAAAGCGUGUCAGCACUGCGAUUAGACGUGCGAUUUAUCGUGCCAAGACAGCGGUAGUUCCUGUUCGUCGAGCCUAUUGGCACAUAGAACAUGGCCUGCCUCAUACUAUACCCUGCAAGAUAAUGGUUCGUUACUGUGACGUGCGAGUAACACUUUAUCCAGCUCCUCGCGGCACCGGUAUUAGUGCACCACCCAUAGUGCAGAAACUGCUACACUUAGGUGGCAUUCAGGAUUGCUAUACGUCAGCAUCCAGUUAUACAACGUUAGGCCCAGUUGCAAAGGCUACAUUCCUCGCCAUUCAGCGUGCUUACUUGUUCGAACCGGAGAGUGAGAAGAAUGAAGAAGACAAUGCUUUCCGGAACUGAUGCAAUUUAACUCAUCAUGAUCUUCAUUGUCCGAAACAAGUCUGAAAAGUUCCGUUUAUUCCUGAGUUUUCCCAAUUUUUCCGGGCAGAUUAGAUUACUUUAGCG